CCCUUCGGCCUUUCCUUUCAUUUCAAUCCCUUAUCCUUUAUUCUUCGUCUUCGACGUUUGUUCUAAACCCUUCACUUCACUCCUUCGCCUCUCGUUUUCUUACAUGUCUAUCACUGCUUCCAUGGCCGAAUCGUGCCUUCUCUCUUCACACUCCUCACUCUUCUACACCAAAACCAAAAACCUCUUUUUCUCUGCUCCCUCCAAACCCUUUAAACUCCAAUUUUCGUGCCUCACUCCUUCAGCUUCACCUUCUCUCUCUCUAACCUCAAGAACCCAUCGUUAUCCCCUUCUCACGUUCGUGGCCCAGACCUCUGAUUGGGCUCAGCAAGAAGAAGACAACACCGUCACCGUCGAAGACGAAGAAGAAGAAGAAGAAGGUUUCAACGAAACCGAAGCGGCUCUUUCGGAAUGGGAACCCAGCGGCGAAGACGCUGAAACCGGUGAAGAAGUAGAAGGUGGUUUUGUUGAACCACCUGAAGAUGCGAAACUCUUUGUUGGGAACUUGCCUUACGAUGUUGAUAGUCAGAAACUGGCCAUGCUUUUCGAGCAAGCUGGAACCGUUGAGAUUGCUGAGGUUAUUUAUAAUAGGGAAAGUGACCAGAGUCGUGGGUUCGGAUUUGUAACCAUGAGUACCGUUGAAGAAGCUGAGACUGCUGUGGAGAAGUUCAACCGUUAUGAUUUAGAUGGAAGACUUUUGACUGUUAAUAAGGCUUCCCCAAGAGGGUCUCAGCCUGAACGCCCACCUCGUAACUUCAGUUCACCUCGUAGCUUUGAGACUGGCUUAAGAGUCUAUGUUGGUAACUUGCCAUGGGAUGUUGAUAAUGCACGGCUGGAGCAAAUUUUCAGUGAACAUGGUAAGGUUGUGAAGGCUCGGGUAGUCUAUGACAGAGAAACUGGUCGAUCCCGUGGCUUUGGCUUUGUCACAAUGUCCGAUGAGACGGAGAUGAAUGAUGCCAUUGCUGCUCUUGAUGGUCAGAGUUUGGACGGAAGGGCAAUCAGAGUGAAUGUUGCCGAGGACAGGCCCAGGCGUACCUUUUGAGUGGUACCAACCUCAAGUAAUCCCCCAUGUCAGCAGCUGGAGUUCUUUCUUUUGUUAAUUGCUGAGGAUAUAGUGUCAAUUUUUCGUGAAAAAUUUCCUUCUUGGGCUGCCAGUUUCAGAUUAGAUUUACGUAUUUUACUGUUAAUUUGAUGUCAAGAUGAAAAGUAAGUUGUAAUUCCGACUCCCGAGAUUUUGAAGAAAGUCUUCUUUGCUGAUUUUUCUUUUUGCUAUUUGUUGCUAUUUAUGAAAUGAAAAGGAGGGGGGUGUUUCUCUUGCAACUAUUGUAGAGGUUGAGUAGUAAAAUACUGCAUUUAAAAUUUCUGGCUUGUUUUGUGGUACUUAAAAUUCAAUUGGAUAAAUUGCAUAUUAUUUCCACCGUACCCCGGCAUAUGAUUCGGUUAGUUAUUGGUAUUUUUUUCCUUUUUUUAGAUGUUAGUUAUUGAUAUUUUAUUUGAGGGAAAACAGCCAGUGAUAUAUUGUUGGAAAAAACUACUUUUAUGUUAUUGGAGAGUAAUUUUUCUUUCUCUAGACCCA